AUGAAGAGCGACCACCCAAAAUACAAACCCAUAAAAGCCAAAUCCAAAGUUAAAGUUUGUACAAACAAGAAUACAUCGAAGACAAAGUUAUCGACAACACCAUCAGCAAAGGUCGCUAAACAACAAAACAUUAACAUAAAUAAUAUUCAAGAAUGUGCGCAACGUGUGUCAAAUCUCGAAGAAGUUGUUGCACGUAUUGAUAAGGAAGCGGUGAACUCCGACGCCAAAUUAAGUUCUCUUAGCGAUACCCUUUUUCAAAGUUUGGCAGAUAGAGUCCAAAAUGAAAUGUCAAUUCUGAGGAAAGCUUUUGACGAAAAAGUUUUGCAAUAUGAUGAACGUACUAACAAAGCUGAAUUGGAAGUAAAAAAAUUGCAAGGACGCCUUGGAUCUUUGAUCGAAGAGAAGAAUCAAUUAUCCAAAAAAAUUCGAAGUUUGGAAAAGUCAAAUAAAUCAUUAUCAGACCAAGUUGAAGAACUACAAAAUAAUGCAAAAGUUGAUGUAGUGCAGGGAGAACCGGGAAGUGUUGUUCAGAACGAGCUAAAUAUCAAUGUAACGGACAGAGAUGAAUCCGAGGUCCUAAUAACUAAAGAAGAAAGUGGUCCUAUUUUGUCUAAAGAAGCACAUCCUUCAGAAAGCGGUGAUCCCAAUGAGCAAACUGUUGAAAACCAAGGCGGAAAAAAGGUGAAUGAUCAAGAAAGUUUGGAAGAGUAUGAUUUUGUCUUUCUAUGUGAUUCCAACAGAAAAUUCAUCAACACACAGCUGUUAUGCCCUAAUAGUACGGUAAAAAUCAUCCCUUGUGGUACUUCCAGUCAAGCAAUUAAAAUCAUAUCUUCACCACGUUUCCAGGUUAACGAAGCGCUUAUAAUAAACACAGGUGUUAAUGACGUUGAACACUUAACGUUAGACGAGGUUAUUCAGAAGCAGUUAGAGAUGGUAGAUACAGCUAGGAAGGCAUUCCCAGGAAAAAAGAUCAUUGUUUCGAGUGUUACUCCACGAGAUGACGAUUUUGAUGAAGACAUUCGGGCAAUAAACCGAACAAUCCAAAGUGAAAUUUCAAACUUCGCUGAUGUUAUUUAUGUGAACAAUGAUAAUCUACGAGACAGAGUAUUGUAUUUUGACCGUAAGCACUUAAAUAGGAAUCGGGGUGUUCGUAAGUUUGCAGCGAACAUCAAGAAAGCAAUUAGAGUGGCAAGUGGUGUUGUGGACAACAAGCCACGUUAUGCAUCCUAUCAUAGUGAUGAUCUGCAUCAGAUCCGACCUGAUGAUCGUGCUCAAUACCCUCAACCUCAUUAUCCAUCCUUUCAUAGUGAUGAUCUGCAUCAUAUCCGACCCGAUGAUCGUGCUCCAUACCCUCAACCUCGUUAUUCAUCCUAUCAUAGUGAUGAUCUGCAUCAGAUCCGACCUGAGGAUCGUGCUCCAUACCCUCAACAUCGUUAUGGAAGCUCUGUAAAUCCUCUACUAAGACCGGAAGAUCUACUGAGAAAACGGUAUGGCAUUGCUACACAGUCUACCGAAGUCAGCAAAGAACAUGAAACAAAGAAGGAAAAUGGAAUCAAUGAUGUCUUUUCCCAGCUAAGUACAUUAAAUAAGUUAGUUAAUACCCUAGUGUCAAGUAACUUACAGCAGUGUAGAACGAUGUAUCCGCAGUCUGCAGUUCCUCCAUCUUUUUUCCCACUGUAUAGUUCGGCUGUUAGCCAGCCUUCCAUACCUUAGUUUUGAAGGUGUUACAAGUCAAAAUACUUCUUUUAUUAUUGUAAGAAUUAGUUAAUGCAGAUGAAAAAACUUUUAAAAUUUUGUUCCUGGAAUAUUGAGGGACUUUUAGGAAAACUGGAUGAUGAGGAUUUCUUGUCAACAAUUAAUUCUUUUGAUUGCAUUACUCUUGUUGAGAAUUGGCUUAAAAAUGAUAGUACAGUAAAUAUACAAGGAUUUUACUCAUUUUCCAAGUUUAGGCAAAAACCUGAUAGAGCUUGGAGAAACUCGGGUGGUAUAACUGUGUUGGUGAAAUCAGAGUUGAGAAAAGGGAUCAGAUUUUUUGAUAAAGAAAGUAAUGAACAGUUUGUUUGGUGGAAAUUAGACAAAGAUUUUUUUCACAUGAAACGAGAUUUGUUUUUAUGUAGUGUAUAUAUUCCUCCGCAAAACUCGCCUAGAGAACGUCGUCUAGACUGCGAUCAUUUUCAAUCCCUUCAGGAAAAUAUUUACAAAUUUUCAAAAUUAGGGAGCAUAAUAUUAUGUGGCGAUUUCAAUGCUAGAAUAGGUAAUUUAGAUGAUUAUAUAAAAAAUACGUCAGUUUUAGAAGAUUUUUUCCCAUCUACCUGUUCUUUUAAUAAUGGUUCAAUUGAAAUUGAAUCACGCAACUCCAAAGACAAUCACUGUAAUUCAUAUGGGAAACAAUUGGCAGAGUUGUGUUGCGGGAAUGAUUUAAUUCUGUUAAAUGGCAGAACGAAGGGUGACCAUAUCGGUCAAUUUACCUGUCAAACAUAUAAUGGGGCUAGUGUGGUUGAUUAUACUAUUGUCUCUUCAGAGGUCAUGAGGGAAAUUAAAUAUUUUACUGUAUCUGAAAUCACACACUUUUCGCAUCAUUGUUUUCUCUCCUUUGGUUUAGAAACUGAGUCUUAUUUACCGCUAGGGACAGAGAAAACUUUACAAUUGUCACCACUUCCCAUGUCUUUUAUAUGGAAUGAUGCUUUAAAAACUACUCUUAGGGAAAACCUUAAUAAUACCUGCAUUUUGAAUGAAAUGAAUACUUUGUUUCAAUUUCCGCAAGAUCAGGAUGUGGAUUCAUUAGUGAAUGAGUUUACAAAUAUUAUUAUUAAAGUCUCGAGAAAGGUCAUAAAAAUUAAGAAUAGACGAUUUUCUAAAAAGAAACAAAGAAGUACAAUGCAAAAUAAAAAAUGGUUUGACAAGAGUUGCCACUUGUUAAAAAAUGAACUACGAAACUUGGGUAGCCUGCUUUCAAGAUUCCCUGAUAAUAAUUUUUUACGACAUAAAUUUUUCAGUACAAAGAAAGAAUACAAACGACUCGUCAAACGAUUAAAAAGAAAUUUUAAAAACGAAUUGUUAAGUAAAAUUCAAUCUAUGGAAGAAUAUAAUCCAAAAGAGUUUUGGAAAUUGGUAAAGUCUAUAAAAUCAAAUAAUCCAAAUGAUAUAGAGGAUGAGAUUUCACCUGUAGUAUGGUACGAUUAUUUUAAAAACUUAAAUGAGAAAAAAGCAACCCCUGAAAAUUCUAGAAACGAGACUCAAUUUGUCAGAGAUUAUCGACUUUGGGCAGUUAAAUCUGAUAAUAUCCUAGAUGCACCGAUUUCAGUACAUGAAGUUUGCGCAUCAGCAAAGAAACUUAAGAAUAAAAAGAGUAGUGCUGGAGACGUAAUAAGCAAUGAAAUUAUUAAGAUUGCUGUGGAAGUUCAUGCUACUAACUUUGUUAAACUUUUUAAUCAUGUUUUAUUUCAUGGAACUUUUCCUCACAUGUGGUCGGAAGGGUAUAUUGUACCUCUUUAUAAAUCAGGUUGUCGUUCUGAUCCUGGAAACUACAGGGGAAUAUGUAUCAGCAGUUGUUUAGGGAAAUUUUUUACCUCAAUCCUUAAUUAUCGUCUUAAUACUUUCUUGGAAGAACAUGAAAUCUUGAAUAAGAAUCAAAUUGGUUUUAGGUAUGGAUUUAGAACGUCCGAUCAUAUACUUGUGCUAAAAACGUUAAUAGAUUCCUAUAAGUUACAUAAGAAACCAUUAUUCGCUUGUUUUAUAGACUUUCGUAAGGCAUACGAUAGUGUAUGGCGAGAGGGUUUAUUUUUCAAGCUCAUCCAAUAUGGUUGUAGUAAGAAUUUUGUUCGCAUACUAUUAAGUAUGUACUCCUCAGUUAAAUAUAAAGUCAAACUUCCUUCGGGAAGUACUCCAGUAUUUUCGUCAAACAUCGGUUUAAAACAGGGUUGCAACAUGAGUCCAUCUUUAUUUAAUGUCUUUAUCAAUGAUAUACCUGAACUACUAAAUACUUCAAAUUGUGAUCCGGUGCAUCUAGGUACUACUAAAGUAAAUUGUUUACUUUAUGCUGAUGAUUUGGUUUUAUUAUCGAAUUCUCGGUUAGGUUUACAGGAGAGUCUUGCGAAACUGCAAAGUUAUGUAGAAAGAUGGAAGUUAGAGAUCAAUUUAAAAAAAUCCAAGGUUCUAAUUUUUGGUAGUAAAUCCCAAAGAAGCCUAUAUAUUACUUCCAAGUGGUGUCUUGGUGGAAAAUUGUUACAAUGUGUUGAUGAGUAUGUCUACCUAGGAAUUACUUUCCAUUAUUCUGGUCGUUUUAAAGUAGCUCAAAAGAUGUUGUAUAGUAAGGCACUGGGGGCAUACCACAGUAUAUUUAAAAACUUUUCAAAUUUGGAUAGUGUCCCAGUUAAAGUACUUCUAAAACUUUUCUCGGCUCUGGUUUCUCCGAUAUUGUUGUACUGCUCUGAAGUAUGGGGAGUCCAUUUAUUAGGAAGUUUUACAAAUAUUGAAAUGUUUAAGAAAAAGUUUUUUAGUACGAUUUCGGAUAUUGAAAAGUUGCAUAUAAAGUUUUGUAAACGUAUUCUGGGAGUCCAUUCCAAAUCUACCAAUCUAGCAGUAAUUGCUGAAUUAGGAAGAUACCCAAUGAUUAUCCAAAUUUCCACCUUAGCCAUCAAGUAUUGGUUAAGAAUUAAUAGUCCAAUGUAUGAAAACCAGUUUGUGGGUAAAGCAGCACGUGUAUGCAUUCAAUCACGUUGUCCGAUCGCAAAAUUCAAUGAUUUUUUGUUAGAGAUGUGUAACUUUAAUCCUUUAAAAAAUACUACAAUUUGGAAGGAAAGUGAUAUUAAUAAUGUAGUCAAAAGUAUCAAAAACGAGUUAUGUGAAAGAUUUAAUAUCAUGUCGAAAGCUCAAAUUCAACAACUCAGUAAAUUGCAAGUUUUCAAACUUGUAAAACCUAGUAUAGAAUUUGAAAGCUAUUUAUCUCAAGUUAAAAUUGUGAAACAUCGUCAAGCAGUGACUAGGUUUAGGAUAUCCGCUCAUAAGUUACCAAUUGAAACUGGACGAUAUGCGAAUAUUGAACAUGAUUCACGUCUAUGUCCAAUUUGUAACUCAAAUGAGAUUGGGGACGAAUAUCACUACUUUUCACAUUGUAGUAACAAAAGGUUAGAAAAACUGCGAGAAAAUUUUCUAAAUGAGUUAGUUGUUUAUAAUUGCAAAUUCAGCUCGUUGGGUACAAAUAAUUUAUUUUUAUACUGUGUGUCAAUGAAUGAUAAAAAUAUUAUUAAUUCUACGGCCAAGUACAUAUAUGAAAUAAUGAAUAUUUUUUGGGAUCUUGCCUGCAUCUAGCUCUUCUUUGACUUGUCCUUGUUUAAAUUUUGUUAUUGUUGUAAUAUUAUUAUUACUCUGUUCUAUUAUAUUAUUUUUAUAUAAUUUAUAAUAGACAUUUGCUGUAUUCUAUAUAUACCAGUAUUGGUAUUUUUGUUUGAAUAAAGUUAUUAUUAUUAUUACCUUUCUCACGAUGACGAAUAUCCGCCAUUUUUGGGUGGCAUCAAAUUUUCAUUAUCCAAUGCAGACAAUUAAAACAAUAGGGCCAUUUAUACGGAACAAAAUAAGACGCGACUAAGGCAGCGUUUACACUGUACCGUUUUCGUAGCGUUCUCGUAAUCUCGUAUUGUUCUUAAUCCUCAAGGGAACGCAAGACAAUAGUCUAGUUCUCUCGAACAACACGAGAACGCUACGAAAACGGUACAGUGUAAACGCUGUCUUACAUAAGACGCGACUUAAGUAAGACGCGAGUUUAUCGUAUAAAAGGUACAAAAUUCUUAUGUAAGAUGCGUCUUGGAUAAGACGCGUCUUACAUAAGAACAGGACUUUUAGCUGUUCUUAUUUAAGUCGCGUCUUAAAUAAGAAAUUUUAGACAAAAAUUCUAACUACACAUGCCCGAAACUUGAAACAACGUAAAAUUAUUAGCCUUGCAUAUUCAAACAAAAACAACCAAAACAACAUUAUAGCUAUAGCAAAUAAAUAAGACCAAAGCCGUAGAGAACCAUUUAUGCGAUAACUCCACUUAUUUAAGUCGCGUCUUAUGUAAGUCGCGUCUUAUGUAAGUCGCGACUUAUUUCGUCACGUGUGUGAAAAGCGAUUUUUCAAAAUAAACUAACCAUUUACAAAGCAAAUUUACCAUCAUUCGUCCAAAAAAUUACAUUCACCCCGCUCCGAAUUCAUCCCGGUCUGAAGAUAUAUAGUCGGUUCAGUCCAGCGAGCGGAAUGACUUCAGACCCGUCUGAGCAAUUUUUCGUCCUGUUCUGAUUUGAAAAACAUCUAUUAUAAAUAAUACUAUAUAACCGGAAUGAAAUCGUCCCGUUUUGACUUCGUCCUAACCGUGGUAUAUUUGUAGACUCAGACUAUUCCUUGGCUGAAGAUUUUAGCUUCCACAAUGUAUUUUGUGUAAAAAAUUGUCGCUAAGGCAAAUGUUGCUUAGGUUUCCCACUUUUUGCAGAUCUUUCUUUUUGUUCUGAUAAAAGUGAAAUAAAAUAAUUGUGACGAACAGUUGCUGCCCCAAACAAGUUGUUCCAGUCACUGAACUGAGAACAGGUUAAAAUGAACCCCCCAUUGACAUUUUAAUUAACUCAUUUAAACGUACAGGUAAAGUAAAGAAGGCGGAGUAUUUUAUCUUUUAAAGCUGUCUUUGUGUUUAAUUAUCCGUAAUUAUGUUGUCAAAUUAAAGGUGUUUUUGUGUUUAAUGUUGUGUUGCAAAGGUAAAAGAUUUGCGCACACUGUUGUAAUUUAGUGAUCCUUAAAGAUUUGUGAAUACUUUAUUUUCGCUGUUGUAAAUUAUUGGUGGAGUUAAUUUAAUUUAAAUUUAAUUUAAUUGGUAAUUUUAACGAGUUCAUUUCUUCUUCACUCUUCAACCAAAGUUACUAUAUACAGUAAAAAAAUACUGGAAUAUGACUGCAUCUUAAAUUUUAUAACCAAAUGAUGUAGACCCAUUUUAACUCAUUAUUAUAAGUGGUGUACACUGCUCUGAAGAAGGUUUCGAAAUAAAGUCGAAAUUAAAAUAAAUUCAAUUAAAAUAAGAUGAUUGCAACUACCAAAUAGUGGUUCCACUCACUGAAUACUUGACAGUUUGAGUAUUUAAAUUAAAACAGUGUUGCAAAGAUUUUCACUCAAGCGGAACAUGCUGUGCGUUAGUGGUUUACCGAGCUUUAAAUAAUUGUAAAUCCAUUAUUUUUGCUGUUGGGAGUGUUGCAAAUUGUUGAAGUUGUUAAAAUUGUUAACUUCUCAAGUCGCUAACUGUCGUUAAGAUUGUCAAAAAUGUUAAAAUUGUUAUAUAUAUACUUCUUGAAUUUCUGACCAAUUUACUCUUCGCUGAGUGAAUUUGCAGUUCGCUUUUGUAAUUGCAGUACAAACUAGAAUAUGAUAACUUUAUCGCAAAUUUUAAAGUCAAAUGAUUUAGGUAUAAAACAAGCAAAGAUGAGUAAAUCUCUAGUUUAAUGUUGAUUCUGUAGAAUUUACGAUCGUUGUUUUAAUAAUUAUAUAGGUCUUUCGCAUCUUUAAAUAGAGAAAACUGCAGUUUUAUAGCUAUAAAUUUGGCCUUUCUUAGAAAAACAAUAUUCAAUUAACUGCAUUAGGCAAAACAUUAUGCCUCUAAAUUAAAGUUAAAUGUUUCUAUGGUGUUACAUAUUGAUGUUGAAAUGAAGAUAAUUUUUAUGUGAUACUAAAUAUAUUUCGGUUAUCUUUCAUAAAUAUUUGUCAUAGAAGAUAUAAUAUGUACUAUUUAAAACAAGCGUAUUGGAGUGUUUUAUUUAUAAAACACGAGGCGAGUAUUUUAAAUGGCUGAAAAAACGACCCAUCUUUGAGAGUUUAUUGGCGAAGUAAUUUCAAAAAUCAACGUUGUCCAAGCCGAGAAUCAAAGCCGACACACGGCAUAGGGACUUAAUGAAUGCGUUUUUGAACUUAAUUAAAGUCGAGAUAAUCCGCUUGUAUACAAGCAACCAUGCAAAUCAAGUAUUUAAGUUUGUGCAUGGAAUAAGCAAAACGGAUUAUUUUAAAAAUUGGCUAAAUUUGUUAGAUGAGAAACGAAUGGAGUUUCUGAAAAGCAUAUUUUACUGCGCAGUUAAAGUAUUCAAAAAUUUAACUAAAUUUAUAUCGAAUAAAAUGUAGUCGAUUUAUGAUUCAAACCACUAACCAUGUAAUAUGUAAUGUACACAAUGAUUUGUAUAGUUCAAACACUCCACUGUUAACUGUAAUCCUAACAUAACUGCAACCAGAAGUUAAAUAUAGUAGCCACAAGCGCCUAAAUUGACAUAGCCAAAUGUAGAGAACGCACAUAUAAGGCCCGCGGAAUAUGCUAAUUCACUCAGAGUUACUGCAGUUAACUGGAGAGGCAACUUGGCUGUGUUACUACUAAACAUGGCAAUUUUUAAAGUGCUUUUUUUGAUUGGGUUUGUGCUGUUAAGUUCUGGCUAUGCCCGUAAGCAUGAAGCUAGACAUAGCUCGCGGUUCCGUCAAGACUACGGUUUCCAUAGGUAUAAGCUAAUAUUGAAAAGUCGUUUAAAUGCGGACGGGAUAUCUCGUCAAGGACGUCGUCUUGAUGGUAGAGGCGGAGAGGACAGUGAUUCAGGGAAUUCAAGGAAUGCCCAAGAAGCGAGUACAGGUGUUGCCGACGUCCGCGGGAAAGGUAACAUUAAUUUCAGUUGUCUGAUUAUAAUUUCAGUCAUAUGUGAGAUGAAUGUUUUUAUAGCUACCGGGUCCAGUUCUUCGUAUAACAACACUGGGUCAAUAAGAAAUAAUUCUUGGUAGACCUCGUGAAAGAACAGUUGGUUCAGUUUAGCUUAUUAAAAAUGUUUUAGAGAAGAACUCUUGUUAAUUUAUAUUCACUAAUAAAAACUUCCUAACAAAAAUUUCUUCUUUUUUCUUUCAACAGGAGUUCUUAAAUCUCUUCCAAGCUUCGAGACAUUUCAGUUAGGAGAGAUUGAUGGCGGAGUUGAAUUUAAAGUAACCGAGGACUGUCAUGUUACCGUCGACAAGACUGGGACUCUCUACCAACUUAGUUCAAGCCCCCCUGAUUGUGUGAACCUUGCGAACUUGCUGGAUGUUGUCCUACCUAAAGGCAAAGCUCACUUUGAAUUCACCAAUUUCAUGACCCUCGAACGUAUUAUCAUUAGGACUUUUUCCUUGGAUACCGCGACAAAACAAGUGAAAAUGGCUGCAGCUUAUACCGGCACAGCAACGCUUAUCAAGGACAUUCUGACCGUGUCGAAUAUUCGUGUGUCGCUGUCAUUCGUCUGGACUCAGUCACAGAAAUUUACGUUUGAUAUCGGUGGGACGUUUUCAGUCGGGGACGUACCAGUUAAUAUGAGAUUGAUUCGCAAUGAGGAAGGUAAAUGACACCACUACCACCAUAAAAAACCAUCAUUACCACCGUCAUCACCACCAUCAUUACCAUCAUAAUGACCAUCAUCAUCACCACCACCAUCGUCUUUCGUUAUUCCGAAGUAUCGCAUACUCGAACCGACCUGACCGCGUAGCUCAGUUGGCAGAGCAUUGGGCUAGUGUUCCAAAGGUCGUAGGUUCCAAUCCCACCGUGGCCAGGCAUAUUUUUCAAGCCUGCCCGGUGUGGAUAUACACUCAGAGUAACAUCACACAAGCAUCUUAUUCACCUGAGUACCUUACACCAACACAGCAUAUAUCAAUCCUAUCAUCAUCACCAUCGCUAUUAUCAUUAUCGCUAUCAUCAUCAUCAUCAUAGUAUCUGCUGUUAUCCUAGAUUCUGCCACUUAACACCGGCCAAGUUAUCCAUUCAACAGCGGUCAAGUUACCCUGACAAAACUCUAACAAACUCUUCUUUCCAUUUCAAGGCUACAACUUUGCCGCUACGGUUACUGAAAACUUGAAUGCUGCAGCGAUUAGUCGCAUGUUCAAACAAGAGGACUCGUUCCUACCACCGACCAGCCUGGAAGGCGAGUUGAAGAAAGCAAAGUUCGACAAAUUCGAGGUGAUAAAGCCUCGGAUACGAGCUGUAUUUUCCGACGGGUAUGGCUUCCUGUUUGGUGGGUCUAUUCGAAUUCUGGAUUGGGAUCCUUUUGAUGUCAACAUACUCAUCAAUAAACCCAGCGAUGUACCAACGACUGCCACAAUUGCCGUCUUUACCAAAACCUUUUCGAUAUCGAAAAUGCUUAAAGAUCUUUUCAAAAUGGAUAUAAGCAGUGUUCCAGUUUUGGGCAGCGCUGAAGUGCGAAAUCUUGCCUUCUCUCUGUCCACGGGUGAUGUUCAAACGCCACUGAUGGUACUGGAUAUUGGCUCGCAGGAAAUAUUUGAUAAACCAUAUCGUAAAGGACUAAAGGUCAGUGGUAUCUCAAAAAUUCUGCAAUAGGUUCGUGCGACUAAAGGAAUUGCCUUUUUGUUUUCUCCCCUUUCAGUGACAGCGGGUUCUGAUCGGUUUUUAAAACAUAACCUCUGGUCUUCUUUGCAGGUGUCCUUCGAAAUUCCUAUCGCAAAGAUUUACGUCGCGACUUCGAUUUGCAUUUCCCCAAAACUCAUAACUCUCACAAUUUUACAAAACGGCGAACUCAACCUUGGCCAUGUUAUACGCGAAUUCUUGCCCAACAGCAAUAUCAUUGCAACAACAGGAGGCAAAACCAAACUUAAGAAUUGGCCACCGUUUAUCCCCGAUCCACUGUCGAUUGCGCUUGUGUCCUUCCAUUUGGAAGCCAGCAAACCGACCAGCAGUUGGACUUUAACGAAAAUGAACAUGAAACUUAAGAUGGCGGAUGUACUUUCCCUAUUUGAUAAUAAAAUCCACUUUAACGAUCUUGAGUUGGAGCUGAACUAUGUAAAAGGAAAUGAUCCUUCGACCUACGGCGUUGUCUUAGGACGCGUUUCCUUGGGGCCUAAAACUACUCCGUCCCCCAGAGUCGACGUCCGUAUUCCGUUUCCGUUUAAAAACGAUGAGAUAUCCUUCACCUUUACUGACUUUAAUGUUAAAAGUGUCGUCGAAGCCUUGGCGGGUCCUAACGUUUUCCCGAAAGAUUUUCCGGAGCUAUUUGAGCAUAUACAAUUAGAUAAAAUUGCUCUAGCAUUUGAUGAUAAGGGAUCGGUUAAAACAGUUUCGGUGGAUGCUAGCAUACCAGGAGUAUGGCCCAUUUUUGGAGAGUUUUCGAUAGGGAAUGUGGGAAUACAUUUUGAAUAUGGAAAGAAGACGUCUAGUGGUGGUGAUGGCCGAUCCACCACUCAAAGCACAUGGCGUGUUGUAGUGAAAGGGAAAAUUGUCAUUGCAACAUGCACGAUUAAGAUAGAUGCUGAUUUCGGAACCGAUCUCCUCAGCUUCUCUGCCAAGGGUGCCGAAUGCUCCGUUUCUAUUGGCGAUGUCUUGGAAAAGAUUCAACUCAACAGCAAAAUGCUACCGCCCAUGAUUUCUGGGUUUACUAUCUUGAAUCCGAAGCUACGCAUUGCGUGGCAAAGAACUGGAGACAAUAAAGGUUCAAAGUCAAUUGCAUUUGCAGCAACGACAAGUCUUUUCCACGAAAGUAAGGUAUGUAUGACAGGACAUGUGUUUUUAUAUGUAUUUUUGCAAAGCAAGAUUGAAGCCUAUGUUCACGACACCAUUAUAAACUUAUCAACUAAUAAUGUAUUGUAAUUAUUAACGAUGAAACACAUCAAGCGUGCUUCUUCUCCCUUAGGUCGAACUUGCAUUGAUACGGCAUGGUGGGAGUUCUGCCGUGGUCGCUGGUUUCGCUGUGGAAGCCAAUGCAAUUUCGGAAAUAAGCUUCUUGAGUUCGCUAGGUCUGACAGAUGUUGCUGUGGUGUAUGUCAGCAAGAAGAUACCUAUCUCGCCGUACGAGUUCCUUAAUCCAUCGUUCAAACGUUACAUUCAAGGAAGCCCAGGCAGUCCGGAUAUACCGGAAUUUGAAGGACUCACGAUCUAUGCAAGAUUUGUACCGAAAGCUGACAAUAUGCUGGGGCAUAUUCUGCGUAAGGGUAGGUGAUAAUGCCUUUGUUUUUUCACCGAUGCUGUAAUGUAUUUCAAACAUCUUUUUUAAUUUUCCAUGGGUGUGGGAACAAACUAGAUAUACUUGAGUAUAGUAAGCCAAUAGUUUUUAAGAAAGUGCAGAUGAACCGCUCACCGUGAGGCAAUUUCGUUCAAAAAAUAACCUUAAUCAUUUUCAUACUGAAAAUCAAAAUCUGCAGGCGAGAUUGUACCCUUUCCUUCUACAUGAGAUUAAAAUACCUCUGAAAAUGAUCUGCCGAGCAAAUAAUUAAAAGGUAAAUAAGGCCGCAGGGUCUUGAGUUUUAUUUAAGAAUUCGUGCAAGGAGCCCCUCCCUUGUUUUUUAUAUAACACUCCAACUAAUGCCAUUUUUUUGUGUUGUGUACUCAGGUGAAUAUGAUGUUUGUGAUGUUACUCGGAUUGUAUAUCCACACCGGGCGAGCUUGAAAAAUAUGCCUGGCCAUGGUGGGAAUCGAACCUACUAGCUACGCGGUCAGGUCGGUUCGAGUAAAACAUCGUAUUACUAGAUUACAUUGGUGUCGAAGGAACUAGAUUCUGUUCCGAAAUAUCACUUAUUCGAACCGACCUGACCGCGUAGCUCAGUUGGCAGAGCAUUGGGCUGGUAUUCCAAAGGUCGUAGGUUCGAUUCCCACCGUGGUCAGGCAUAUUUUUCAAGCUUGCCUGGUGCCGGGAUAUACACUCAGAGUAACAUCACAAGCAUCAUACUUCCAUUAUCUCUGCAGGAGUGGAAAAGGACGGCAGCCUGAAGGCUAAAGGAGACAAAGAGCCUGAAAUAACCGUGAAAAUAUCCUUCCCGGCACUCAUAUUUGAGUUGGAAUUGAAACUGGGCUCGGAAGGCCUUCAAAUCGGUAGCGUUUCUGGUUGGAGGUUUACUUACAUGAAGUUAAUAAUCAGCAAGCGACUUAUUGGUUUGUCGCUCAAAGCCAAGAUUAAUUUGGAUAGCAAAAAUCCAAUUUCCAUCGACUCCACUUUUACUGGCGAGGUGUCGGUAAGUUUAUAUACGUUUGGGAGAGAUUAUUUUAUUGUCAGUCGACCGCGACUAAAAGGCAAAUAAAUUGCAGUCAAUCGUGGAGGAACUUCUCGAACUCCACCAAACCGCGGUCUAUCCACGAGCGAACGACAGCAUGAUCGCAACUCAAUCGUAGCCUAGUCGCAACUAAACGACUUCGGCUUGAAUAGCUGGAGGGUUAGUGUCGUACCUUACUAUGUGAUUACUCACCCUCCAGCUAUUCAAAAACAGCAUUGACACUCAAGGGAAGCUCAGAUUCAAUCUCCACUCUUUGAGUGUGAGUGAGCUUUGAGAAUCCAGGCGUAAAGCAUAUUAUUUUUUCUCACCCAUAGUUCACGUUCACUGCUACAGUGAGUAUAUCUCUACUUUGGGAAGGCGAGUGGAAAAAUCCGUUAGGAAUCAGUAAACGUUUAACUGUCCGUCGUAUGGCGUUGUCUCUUGGUAUAAAUCUCGUUACUCUGAUACCGAGUUUUGGAAUAACGGGUGCAAUUAGUGUGGACGUUCCCAGUGAGGCUGGUAAACCACCAAUCGAUGUUGGGCUGACCCUAUGUAUUGAUCCAUCAGCUCCAGACCAAGCCGUCUUUGACCUCCAUUUUACACGACUUCUACUCGAAGACUUGAUUAAUCUCUUUGCUGGCAAAGUAGUAAAAUUGCCGAAAAAGUUGGCGACUGUCGGUUUCCCUGAAGAGGUUCAAAUAUAUUUCUCCAUUUCAGGAAAUCCAGAUUGUUUCGGUAAAAGGUAAUUAAGUUCAAUUAUAGUAAAACGUGAUGAGCUCUCUCUCUCUGUGUAUACAUGAAGUAAUGCGUAUAGGUAUCGUGUGUUCGAUUCUCGCUGAUGACCGUUACGUAAAGAGUCGGUCAACGCUCUACCGAAAGUCGUGGGUUUCGUCCCACAGGGAAAGUUGACAGGGUUGUACAUCUUGUAAAUAUACUGCUGAAAAUGAAUCGAAAUUGAUUCGAAAUCUACACUUUUCUCUGUGAAUAGAUUGCGUAGAAUGUAUUCAUGCGCACUUUUUUCGGAAUAAAUUAUAGUACGAGAUUUUGCCGAAACCAUCAGCUGGAUUAUCACUCUUUCUGUCUUUAUUCAGGUAUGAUCCUGGUGUCAAGAUCCAUGGCACGAUCCAGAUUCCCUUUCUCAACAUUCGAGCCCGUAUCGAACUCGGCAUUGCGCUUCCACCAUCAUCAUUUCGACUCGAUGCGAGUCUGGAGCUAGAUCCAAUCAUCUACCUCGGCGGUCUUCUUAAGGUGGUCGACGCUGAUACUGAUAGCAAAGGGCCGCACUUGAAAAUGCUUAUAACGGAAACUUUGUCUGAGUUGAUGAUUGGUGGUUCUUGUAGGGUAAGCUAAUUAAGUUACAAAUUAGCUAUUAGUAAAUGAAUGAUGUUACUAAUUAAUGAACUAAUUGGGGUACAAAUUAAUUUCGUUAUUGACUAAUUAAUGUUCUAAUGGUUGUAAUGAUCGUUCUAAUUAACUUACUAAAUUCUAAUUAACUUACUAAAUUACUUUCAUGUUAAUUUAACUCACAAGCUAACUCGCGCAAUGGAACUAUCUUAGUAGCAAGCUAGGCUACCUAAUCACGUAACUAUCUAAUUAAAUAUUAAACUAAUCAAUUAACUAGUUAACGCAACAUAUCUCUUAUUUUCCACAGGUUGAAAUAUUUGGUGCUAUGAUUUCGGUGAAACUGCAAAUAAAUAGUCAGAAAUUCUUCUUCGAGGGCAGACUGAAUCUAUGGAAUUUGUUCCAAGUAUAUCUCUUGGUCGAUAUCUCGAUGGCGAAGACAUCGCCUAGCGUCCAUGUUAUUGGAAAAAUGCAGAACGACUUGUUUGCGAAGCUCAAGCAGAAAGCUACUCAAGCAAUCCAAUCUGGUGCUAAAGCUAUUAACAAGAAGAUUGAAGGUGCCCAACAGAAGAUCUCAGAUGCUCAACACGAGGUUAACAAACUUCUAGGUUAUAUAAAGUGAGUUUACAUCGGUCAUCUUUGAGAGCGCAUUCAAUCGCAUGCAUUGCUUGAAUAGAACUGAAUACUGAAGCUAAACUGAGUUUACUUACUCUGGAUAGUUCUGUCAUUUCUAAACUAUUUGCUGAGAGGUAUGGAGUAUUACAACAAGAGGAAACCGCGGUAAUUCUUAAUUGAAAAUGAAAAUGAUUUCAGAUUAUCAGCACAGAAUAAAGAUCAGUAACAGAAGUGCCACUCAGCGGUGCAACGUGUCCGCAUCUUUUUAUGCAAAAAAAAAUGCAGUUUACUGGCCAGAAGGCGGAGCAGCCAGCCAGUACAGCGUGUUUAUUGGCCAGAAAAUGUCAUUGACUGGCUAGGAAAAUGGCGGCCAACAUGCGUAAUGCGACAUGCGCGAGGACAGAAACUUCAAAGCUUCCGACGUAAGCGGCCCUUCUAUAUGGAUCUUUAUUCUAUGUUAUCGGACAACUGCAUAUUGCAGGAAUCAAAAACCCUGUUCCUGAGGUGAAAAGCAUAUGCACUAACGACUGUAACACCAACAUACCUUAGCGAUCAUUUUAUGUCUUAGUUACCACAAACGGAAGAUCGAGGAUGCGAAAAGAGAGUGCCGCAACGCACCAUGGUACAGGAAAUAUAUCUGUAUUGGAACUGCAGGUAAACUAAUCUAUCAUGGUAGUAUUAUUGCUGGAUUGUGGAUUGCACAUAAAGCCGCUACGCUUGUUCUGAAGGCUGCCGACCUCUUUUUGGAAGGCGUGAAAGGUAUUAUCAAGGUCAGUGCUUAUCAUUUAAUAUUUUUGAAAUAUCUCAAUACUGACCAUCAUUUAUAAACGUGCUGAAAAAUUUUAAAAGUAGUCACUUAUAAUGUUCAUCACGACAGUGCUAAAGAAACAAACCUAUAGAACGUUUUCACGCAUUCCCCAGGGACCAACUCGACAAAGCGGCUAUGCUGGUGUUCCGGACAAAAGAGUGUAAUUAAAGUUAUUUUGAAUUGGAACACCAACAUGGCGGCUGUGACGUCAUGUGUAAACACUCUGUAUGCGGAUUUAACUCUCAAAUAUUUAAAGUUACUUUUUCCUAUGUUCUGAUUUAAUCAGUGAGCGUUCUUAUUUCUUGUUAUAGGUUGGAGCUGAUGUCCUCCAGAAGUUGGUGAAUGCUGCAUUGAGUAUCAUUGAUAUUCAAUAUGUCAGAUUUGAAGUUGAGAUGAGUGCAGUCACCAAGAAAUUCAAUUUUGUAAGUAAUCCAACUGACCUUAUUUAUACUGGAUAGCUCUGUCGGUUCUAAACUGUUCAGUCGCCAGUAAGAACCAUCCCUUAAUCCUUAUUGAUCCCGGCAGUGCCACUACAGAAAGAAACCUAGGCAAAAAAUAUUAUUUAAUAUUACUAUAGCUACUGUACUGUAGGGGUAUUGCGGCAUAAUCACGAUUAUAAUAGUCCUAUGUUAAUUUAGGGCCAGCAGUAACUGAUUUAUAUUGUUGUAGUGUUUGAAUUUGACGAAGUUUAAUAAAUGAAAACAAUGCUUCUUUGUUUCUAGGAAGCAAGAAUUGUAAUUCUGGGAUGGACCUUCAAUCCAAGUUUCCGCAUCGACUUCAGCAGCUCGAAGACAGCCAAUGAAGGUAUCAACUCUGUUGGCAAAUCAAUCUCUGAUCAAACAAUGGCCAAGGUCAAGAAGUGAAGCAAAUAUCUGGAAUUUUAGCUUGCGACUAUUUUUUCAUCGGUUAAGAAGUCACAUGGAGUUAAGUGUGGUAUAUUUCAUUAUUUAAUUCAUGUUUCUUUCGUGAAAAGAGUUUAUUGUUUUAUUUAUUAUUAAAUCAAG